AUGCAGUCACAGAUCGCUCCAUACACGAACUGGAGCUCGGAGCAGUUCAUAGCCCGCAUUUCCGACCUCGAGUCGCAAUUGAAGUCGCAAAAUAUACAGGAAGCUCCUCCGCAAGCUGAGCAGCGACGAAGACGCAAACCAAACCAGUUCGACCCCUCGCGGUACAAUACCCGCUUCAUCGCCCUCAAAUUGGCCUAUCUGGGCCGCCAUUUGAACGGCUACGAGGCGCCGGGAGAUACGAUCCCACCAGCUCCUACAGUGGAGGAGGAGCUAUGGAAAGCAUUGAUGAAAACACGCUUGAUCUUUCCUAGGAUUAAGCGGAAGGGCAGGAAAACAAGAGAUAUCUAUUGGGAAGGGUGCGACUAUUCAAAAUGCGGCCGGACGGACAAGGGCGUGAGCUCAUUUGGACAAGUGAUUGGAAUUCGCGUGAGGAGUAAUAAACCUCUGCCAAAGACGUCACAACCGCAGAACAACACCGCGUCUAAAACUAGUGAUAUGGAUGCCGCCGAAGCGUCGGAACGCACCGUCGAAGGGAUAGCAGACCCAGUUGAUGUCGAGGAAGAAGAGACGCCGUUUGAUCCGAUCAAGGAUGAGAUUCCUUAUAUCCACUUGUUAAACCAACUCCUUCCCCCCGAGAUCCGCAUCCUCGCCUGGUGCCCCUCUCCCCCCCCAGGAUUUUCCGCCCGAUUCUCGUGCCGAGAGCGGCGGUACAAAUAUUUCUUCACCCAACCCGCAUAUCUUCCUAUCCCGGGCGCCCAAGGUUCCCGUGCCGGCGAAAACGGGGGGAGUUGGUUGGACAUCGACAAAAUGAAAGAAGCGGCGAGCUAUUUUCUCGGGAAUCAUGACUUCCGAAACUUCGCCAAGAUGGACGCGACCCGCCAGUUGACGAAUUUCGAGCGCGUCAUCUUCCAUACUGACAUCGAGGAGAUCGCCUCCCUGGAUGAUCCGGCUUUCCUAAGCGCUGAAGCCGUGUCUGGUUCGGCUGGUUCGGAUGGCAAUUCAAGCCCGAAGCCGAAAGUAUACGCAUUUGUGGUUCAUGGCUCGGCGUUCUUGUACAACCAAGUCCGGCAUAUGGCUGCCAUUUUGUUCCUUGUGGGCCAGGGCCUGGAGAAGCCAACCAUCGUAAAGGAAUUGCUCGACGUCCGCAAAAAUCCCAGGAGGCCAAACUAUGAGAUAGCUUCGGACUCCCCCUUGGUUCUCUGGGAUUGCGUCUUCCCAGGCGAGAAUUCUGAAAAGCGGGAAGAUGCACUAGACUGGGUAUAUCCGGAUGAUCCAUCGAACGUGGCCAAGGCCAAAACCAGCGCCCACGGAGGGAAAUGGGGGCUCAACGGCCUAGUUGACGUGAUGUGGUCCACGUGGCGCUCGAGAAAGAUCGACGAGGUGCACGCCGCGCAAUUAAUGCAGGUCACGGCGAUGCGAGGGCGUGGUCUGGCUCCCCCCUCGGAGGAGGGACGAAAGUCUUCGCAGAAGAGAAGCAUAAAGGUAUUUGAUGGCGGGAACGUUACAAAACCCAGGGGAGUCUACACACCUGUGAUGAAGCUGGAGCUUCUUGAGACUCCUGAUGUCAUCAAUGCAAAGUGGGCUGCUAAGAAGGGAAUAACACCUCUAGAGCUCCCGAGAGAGGGUCCAUUGGGAGACUCCGAUGAAUGAGGCAAAGAGACAUGAUGUUCAAGACUUUGGAUUAUAUAAACAGGUUUUUGCUCCCCUCCAGACGGGCUCAAGGAUGCGCCUUUUUGGGAGCAGUUUCUUGAUUCCCUGUUGUCAGUUACAGUGCCAUACAGAUGUGCCUAGGUUGGACUUACUGGAAAGACUACCACGGCGUCUUCUUCAUCCUCGACUACAAUUGAAAGGUAGAAGCGCACUUCGAACCCUUUGAAUGCUUCGUGUAGAAAGAUAUCUUGAAUUGCCGUCGUAGGAAUAAAGCGAGAAGUUGGCGUAGUCAAAUA